AUGGGUGCUGGAAAAGAUCUACGAUUGUUUCCCCCCCUGGGUGCUCCACAUGAAGUAGAAGAAGCCAGCCGUUGCUCUCAAAAAAUGGCCGAUAUCCCUGCUCGCGCUUUGCUUCAGAGUUGUGGAUCUCUCCUCCCAGCCACCCGUUUUUACAAGAGAGUUCAUGAUAUACUAUCCGUGCUGUACGGAUACGGAAGCUUGCUUGUCAGUCCACCAGGCCUCGUCAAGAGAUCUACGUUGGCGCAAGAAAUGCGGCGACGUCGGCGGAGAUUAAGGAAGGCCCCUCCUACAGGGUUCUCCGGGGGCAGGGCACGGGAAGUGACAGCUGUCGAAGAGAGCUUUGACGUCGGACGCCUGCAGAAGGGUUUGCAAACCGACAAUGGCGGUUCCUGUGCUCCCGUACCCUGUACUCCUGUACCUCGAGGAGAGAGGGCGGGAAUGCCGUGUAGCUGUGGCAGAUCGUGA